UUUAUUGGGCCAGAGGGAUGGGGAAGAACUGAAAAUGUGGUUAAAGGUCAUGAAAAAGCAGCCAAAGGCUCAAUAACAAUAGGCCUGUAUGGAGAACCUGUCGAACGUCUUGAUGAGCAUAUGUCAAAACUUAGAUUUGGCCAAAAUUCUUCCCGCAGUGUUCACACGGACUUAUACUUCAAAGCUUUGUUCAAUUGUGAUACCAACUGUUCUGCGAACAUGAUUUUAACAAAAGCUCCAACUUAUAGCCAAGACACAUUCACACUGCAAGUAAUUAAUGCUGUCUUUGCGCUUGGCAUAGCUACAACUGAGAGAUUUAAAGAGAAAUGUGGCAGAGAGGCCAAGGCUGUAUGUGAUAAAUUUGGUACAGCGUUUGGAGAUGAAUUUACGGAAGCUUUGGAUAACAUGUGCUUCAAGGGCAUUGAUGGGCAAGAUGUUGCGAUUCGUGACCGAGAGAGUUACAGGGCUUAUAAUUUCUUCUACUGGCGAGAGGAUGGAACUCCAAUCAAGAUUGGUACAUCAGGCACUGAGGGUAGGACUUAUACACCUGAUCCAGAACAUUCAAGUUUUCCAGAAGGCGGCUACUACGACAACUUGCCACGAUCUGAAUGUCCCAAAAAAUGGAGUGGCUAUUUCUGUAAA